GAUGCUUUUUGCUGAUGGGGAGAUGCCCAAGAACUUGAAGGGUCUUUUUCCCGAUGUUGGACAAUCGAUGUUUGUGCUGUUUCUGGUGAUGAACUCAGACUUCGAACCGGUGCAAGACCUCCUCAGUCAGGUCCCAGUGUCACAGCUCUUCAUCGCCCUUUUCAUCGUCAUAUCCAACUGGGCGAUCCUGGCGAUUUUCACUGCAGUCGUGAGUGAGAACAUGAUCACCACCGUGGAGAACCGUCGAAUGAAGCUCGAGAAGGAUGAGAGCACGUAUCGGACGGACCGUUCCCUCGUGAAGUUGAAAGAGUUCUUUGAGGAAAUCAAACCGGGCGAGCAUGAGUUGAUUUAUACCCACGAGUUCACCACCUUCUUAAACGACCCAGACAAGGAGGCCGAGCUGUGCGACGCUGCAGGGAUUUCGAGUCAAGAUCUCAAGGACCUGCUGAAGCUGUUGAGCCACAAGCCCGUCAACAACGAUCGUUCCUACAUUCUGGAAAAGGACUUUCUCUCAGGCCUUAAGCAGCAGAAUGAUGCAGCCAACGAGCGCAGCAUGAUGCGGCUGGAGAAGCAGAUCAUGGCCUUGGAAGACCGUCUACGGCACUGGAUGGAAGAGCAAGACGAGAUCCCCAAGCCCCCCAGCGCCGUCUCGGUGUCGCCCAUCCGCCUGCCGCGGUACGCCGGUCCGACGGCACGUGGACGGCCGCGCGGGAACGUGGACGUUCCCGCAGUGGCACCCAGUGCCAGCGCAUCGCCGUAGAGGAGCAGGAGGAUGCUGGUCCGCCUCGGCAGUUCUCCAAUAUAGUUCAAUUCGCGUCCAAAGAUUGAUGCUGUGAACCCAAGGAUCACUGAGUCAAUGCUGACCACAACACGUCACCUGUUCGUGGGGGGUACU